GGACAACUAUAGAUGGAGGACAAGAAGAUAUCAAAUCAACGAGGAGAAGGAAGUCAGUGUCGGAUCACGACUUUUCCAGAGAGGUCCAACUCCUGACUUUGGCCUAUAGCAGCUUCGUGCGUGCCUGUUCACAGAAGAGUAUAAAGCAAGUUCUACGGUUCAUUCAGCUGCGAGCCCCGCUCCUGGCGGCACGCAAAAAGCAUGCCUUGUUGAUAGACCUCCUUUUUGCGAUGCCAGAGUGUACUGCUUUGGGCAGUGCCAUUUUUCCCCAUAUUGUCCGAGAGAAAGACGUCCUCCGAGCAUUUACAGCGCAAUUACACGGUAAGGUCGUGAGCGAAGUAGGACCUCCUGAAAACUAUACGGACCAUGCUGCAGCAAAAACUAGUACAAGUUUCUUGAAGACCGAGCAUGUUCCCUCUUCGACUUAUCCUUCUAGUACUCUCGGGAACGCGACCGCACUUCGGACCGGAUUUGUCCGGUACUUGCAAGACCAUUGUCCGUCUGCUGCUUCAGCUCACGACACGUCUGACGAGCAUCUUCACCCUUCAAAUGAUAGCAAGAAGCACUGUCAAAAGGAGAUGAGCAGGACGGAGACAUCUUCAAUCCCGGUCCAUCCUGUGAAGACAAAGAGCAACGGCACUUCUUCUACGGGUCGUUGCAAGAAGUCUACUAGUCUUUACAGAUCCACGAGUGCGGUUCAUCAGGACACUUCCAUUACCCUCGACACUUUAGUUGAGGUUCAAUCCGCGCUUGGCCUGGACUCCGAAUUGGGCGAACUUCUGGAAGAACGGGCGCUCUCGUUAUUGCGCCGCAUGCCACCACGAUGGGGGGACAUGUGUUCCGUCGACAAGGAGGAGAAGCUUCUCACUGUGCUGAACCUUCUCCUCCAAGCGGCGCGCGCCUUCCAGCGCUGUCAAAUUACGGCUGUAAGUACCUAUUAAAUACAAAAGAUCUUUGGACGCAUCCUUGAUGAAAUGUAUGGAGGACGAGGAGUAUCCUCAGGGAAGAAGUACUCUCCCAUUUAUACUUUUGAAGGAUGCACUUGCAGGACGGAUAAUUACGGACAGCUCUAACCAAAGACACACGCGACAUCUGCGAUGUAUACAGACGGGAAGUCUAGUGUCCUUGCAGUUGAAAGGCAUACAGGUGCAUUUAGCCGCUGCGCUUGCUGAUCUCGGAAAUGCUGAGGAGGAACGUGCCGAGGCCUCUUUGAGGGCUAAAAUUCGUGAGAACAUCGCAAACCACGCAGAGAAAAGUCGUGGAACAAAGUCAAAGGUAGUGGGAAUAGCAACAAACCACGCAGAGAAAAGUCGUGGAAGAGCAGCAAGCUCAAGCAGAGAAAACAGUGCAUGUGCAACGAGGCAGUAUAGAGAAGACGCUGCUGCUGCUGACGUGCAAGGAGAAGGACAAAGUCUCAAGAUGAUAUCAAAACCCAACCCUACCAGUAUGGAUGAUGUCCUAAAACCACGAAAGCGAACGCUGGACAGCGACAUUGACGACAUAUUCUAUCCGCGGGAAAGACGGGCGUGGGAACCAGUGGAGGUACAACGAGUUGAGAAGAAAGACUCUUUUAGCUCGCAUCGCGACCCACCGAAUGAUAGUACCUUAAGGCUACCGCUGGACCAUCCUCAACAUCAUCCUUGGCCCUUUUUUCAAGGAGAAAAAGGGACCAGGGAGGUUCUCGGGAAUGCGAGCGCGGUAGCUCUAAGUACCGGGGAAAUCAAUGGAGCAGGUAGUGGAAAUACGGACAUAGUAGACGCGCAUCCAACCACAAUAGAUAAAGUAAACGAUAGCUUGUCCUGGAGACCUCAGACCGAGAUGAACGCUCGUCCACAUGAGGAUGGAAGCUUACUUCGAAGAGGUGGAGAUGUCACACUGGAAGGUAAGAAAACAAGCGACCUUAGUGUUAGUACACACCUCCUUGAAGAUGAUCGUAGCAAUUAUGCGUUUGCAGCAAAAUCGGAAAGUAAGAGCUCCUUUGGUGCGCCCCGUCACAAUCCGCUAAGCCCAGAAAUGCUGCUAGAACAUGAGGACGAUGAGCCAGAGGCGGACUCGUCGAAAACGGCAGAAGGCUUAUGUCAUCUAUUAUAGGGAUCGCACAAUCACAGAAAACAUUUGUAUCUUUCCAUCAGUCUCAGUGUACCCUUGUAGUUGUAAUUGUCUCGGUAGUAGUACUGCUGCCCACAUAUUUCUAAGAACGACGGACAGGAGAGGGUCUGAGGGAGAGAAGAUAACAAAGGUUGGCGACGACGACACACGCAACUCGCAGAUACGGCACAAGAACGAAGCAACUGGGUCUUCACAUCUACUGUCGUGUAUGGAGCAGCUACUAGAAGAUGAAAAAGUACGUCAGGCAUCCUACACUAGGUCCGCUGCACGCAUCCAGCUGGCAAAGCUUGGCCCGCCCGCCGACGUAGAUCCGUUCCUAAUCGUGAAUCUAACUCGAAAGGAACUAAAAAUGUUUGUCGAAUUUCACUGCGACUUUCUGUGUGCGCACGCUGUCGUUCUUGCAUAUGACGCCAUGAGCUCUGGACAACGACAACGACACCCGGGGAGGUUGAUGUUGCAGAAUAAACCAGCUGCUACUAGAUCGUCGAAGAAGAAAACUACAAUGUCUACCGAGACUUCUCCCAAGAAAACUACAAUGUCACUGCCCUCCUCGACUUCUCCCAAGAAAACUACAGUCUCCUCCUCGACUUCUCCUAAGAAAAAUAGAAAAGGUACGGCAGCGAAGCGUCUCGACGCUCCUGAGUUGUGGGGCCGUUCGCUGUAUCGACAGGUUAUUGUGAAUCGCAACAUUGCGUAUUUGGCUUUUUACCUGGAGCAUAGGGCCAUGUGCAGCCGAACCGUGCGUGCGUGUCUCCGGCACUACGAAAAGAGCCGCACUAGUACUUCUGCCGGAACUACUGCGGGAAAAUUACGGCUCGCAAUAAUUCAUCUCAAGAAUCAUCUUUGACCCCCUUUUUUUGUUCGUCAAAGAUUCAUUCGUCCAAGGUGAAUGGUGGUGAGGUCUAAGACCAAAAGUUAAAGACCUGCACAACAAGGACCCGCACCGAGAGGGCGUCACACUUUUCCUGCGGCUGGCGGUUCCGAAUCUCGAGCACCGGUUGGCGUAUGCGCGUGCUCUUCGCAUCGAGACAAUUACUCAAGAAACCCGGAGGCUGGUCUAUGACUUCAACUAAGAAGUACGUAGUAGAGGCAAGACUGCGUUUGGUGCUGCAACUGGGAAGACAUCAUGGCCUCCAUACACUGCCAGAAACGCUGUAGUUUCUCACGUGGCUGAAGCAACUCAGUUAAAAUAAAUACUUUUGUACUUUUAUUUUACUCAAUUAUUGAAUAAAUAAUCAAAUACGGAAGAAAUCAUACGAUCGUCUUUGUCUUGACGAAUCAAGCACAAGUUUGUUACUUGUGACAACAUGUAUAGAAGACAUUCUGUACCACGCAACAAUUUUUCACAUUCAUGUGUCAUCUGAUCCCCCUAUCGUGUAUAAUCGUUCACUGGAAAUCCGUUACAACCUUAUUUUCAAGAAAGACUUAUGAGUAAUCGUGAUGGCAUAUGUAGGUAGAUAUUUCGUACUUGUUGUUCUGCCACGACAUAGUCAUGAGAAAAAUGAAGGAACAACAACUACAGGUGUAUACAAACAACCUAGACUACAUUUUGCUCCUCGAUAUGUACUAUGGAAACAACUAACACUGCUCAUCUACGAGGGAAAGAACAUAACAACUCUAUGGAUUAGCUACCUUAUCAACGACCUCGAAGAUGCGACCAUUGUGAAACAAGACGUGUCGAAGCAUUAGAUGUGAACCUCCAGAUAUGAAAAUGUGAAGGUGAAUUCUCAGAGAAUUGAUUCGAGAACCAGCAAAGACGAGGCAUCUCGUUGAAAAAAGACAGCAUGUUUAGUCAGUCGUGGUCAGUAGAGGCAGCAGGCUACGCCAAAAUUUGGGCUUCGGUCCGUAAACUGGU